AUGGAGAGGUCAAGCAAACUCGCUCCUCUCACCCUCGUCUCCAAAUACUACCCAGCCGUGGCAAACUACUCCUACCCUCGCAGCGAGGGCGCCCCAACCCCUUGCAACAGCAGACGGCCGUCAUCGUCAAAGUGCUCGUCCUCCUUUGAAGACAUCAAGCGGUCGUCAGUGGACUCUCAGGAGUCAAGUCCUUUAUCAUCCCCGCCGAGCCUGGUCGACGACCGCACCGACUCUGAAGCCUCGGCGGACGUCGAUGACUAUCGCUAUCACGCGCACGCAAACGAGCUCUGGGACAGCUUCUGGAUGUCCGGACAGCAUCAGUAUCUUGACGACAGUCACGCGAAGAAGCCUUCCAUCAUGGCUACUUCAGCAGCAGGUCCUGCUUCCACGGCCCCAAGCCGUGUUCCUCCUCAAGUCCCGGAAAAGGACUAUCCAGCCCUGAUAUCUUCGCCUCAGCGCUCGAGAAGACGUCCACAAGGCCCUCGCUCCCAGGGAAGCAAUGGCUGGCCGCUCUCUGACCAACACCCGCAGCCAGACCAGCCACGAAAAGCAUCACCGACUUCUUCGGCAUUCCCAAAGAUUGUCAACAUCCCGUCGCCAGCAUGUACACGACCAAGCUCGAGUUCUCAGCUACCCAUUGAUGCUUGCGAGAAUCGCCUCUCAGAAAUGGACGCCCGCUGUCCUCUCCAACAGGCUCCUUCUCCUCCGCAUCCACCAGCAUCUCUCUACAGCCGUCCGGGAAGUCCUCAUCCCAGGGCCUUCUCACCCGCCUCUCUAAAGGCAUUUCAGCGUCCAGUUACAUCCCACGGCUCACGACCAUCCAGUCCCAUGGACUAUCCUAAUCCCUCUCCUCCGCCAACAGCGCCUUUACCAGCCCUGCCAGCAAACUGUCCAAAAGCCCCUCAUCUCACACAUCGAUCUUCAAAUCUCUCUCAACACAGCCAUACUCCACAAUCACAAUCUCAGCCACUAAGCCAUACCAUCCGCCCAUACAAAUCAACCACUCAACUCCGUCGCCCUCCUCCAGAGCCGCUCCCCGUCUCCGUCUUCGAGUACGACUCCGACACAGACUGCACAGACGAUGAAUCCUCGCCUCUGGAGUCUCCCGCCCUUUCCUUCUUCCGCUUCCACAGACGGAGCCAAAGCCCCCGGAGCAACGACGACAUCUUCACCCGUCGCCGCGGCUCUGCCUCCAAAGUAGCUUCAACAACAGCUCAUCAAUCUUCCUUGAUUGAUGCCGCAGAAAAGGAGAAUUGCAAACGGCGCAAGAGGAACAACACCAUAGACAGUCUGCCCCGCGUGGUGAAGCAGUCAGACGUGUUUAGCAGAAUGCUGGGGCUACGGAGUCGAUGA